GCUCGCGGGCUGAGGGAGGACGAAGCAGGGCGCCACUAGCGCGCCUGCGCGCGUACGGCGGCCGGAAGGGACAAGAGGCGUCUCCUCUGGUGACAGCUGUGAGCCCCACCCUUUCCCCACGUGGACGCGAACACCGGCCCAGGAGUGUACGUCUGUGAGGUGCCUGCAGCCCCACGCAGAGGGGAUGAAGAUGGCCUCCAAGCGUAUCACCCAGGAGACCUUUGACGCGGCUGUUCGAGAAAACAUUGAAGAGUUCGAGAUGAGGCCAGAGGAGGCCGUGAAAGAGGCUGUGGAGCAGUUUGAAUCACAAGGGGUUGAUCUGAGCAACAUUAUUAAGCUGGUGCCCAAAGUCUCUGCAGAUGGACUCCAGGAGCCCACACACGACAUCGUGCAGGUCCUGGACAACCUGCAGGAGUCUGUGGCCCACUCGCACCCCCAGGAAGUGUGGGCACACCUUGCCCGCUUUUGUGAGCAGUGCAAGCAGCACAAGGCCUGCCGCUUCCUGGCGGCCCAAAAAGGAGCCUACCCUGUCCUCCUCACUGCUUGGAAGCUGGCUGCAGCAAGUGACCGGGGCCUCCUGCUCCAGGCCCUCAGCGCCCUGUCAGCCCUGACUGACGGACAGCCCGACCUCCUGGAUGCCCAGGGCCUGCAGCUACUGGUAGCCACACUGGCCCAGAAUGCGGACUCAGCUGAUCUGACCUACUCUGGCAUCCGCUGCGUGUGCCAUGCCUGCCUGAAGCAUGAGCAGAAUCGGCAGAGCUUGGUGAAAGCUGGCGUGUUGCCCCUGCUUACUGGCGCCAUUACCCGGCAUGGCCACUGUGCCAAUGUGGUCAGGGAGGCCUGCUGGGCCCUCCGUGUCAUGACCUUUGAUGACGACAUCAGAGUGCCCUUCGGCCAUGCCCACGACCGUGCCAAGAUGAUUGUGCUGGAGAACGGAGGCUUGAAGGUGCUCAUCAAGGCAGCCAAAGCAUUCCCUGACAACCCCAGCGUCCUGGGCGAGCUCUGCAGCACCCUGUCCCGCCUGGCCGUCCGCAAUGAGUUCUGCCAGGAUGUCGUCAACCUUGGGGGCCUCAGCAUCCUGGUGACCCUGCUGGCCAACUGCGGCGACCACCAGGACCUGGUGAAGCAAGUCCUGAGCGCCCUGCGGGCCAUCGCAGGCAACGACGAUGUGAAAGAUGCCAUUGUCCAUGCAGGUGGGACACAGUCCAUUGUGGCGGCCAUGACCCGGCACAUGGCCAGCCCCCAGGUGUGCGAGCAGAGCUGUGCGGCCCUGUGCGUCCUGGCCCUGCGCAAGCCUGAGAACAGCCAGGUCAUCGUGGAGGGCGGCGGGGCCCUGGCUGCGCUGGAGGCCAUGAGGGCGCAUCAGCAGGAGGCUGGUGUGCAGAAACAGGCCUGUAUGCUGAUCCGUAACCUGGUGGCUCGCAGCCAGGCCUUCUCACAGCCCAUCCUGGACCUGGGGGCUGAAGCACUCAUCUUGCAGGCCCGUGCAACCCACCGUGACUGCGAGGACGUGGCCAAGGCUGCCCUGCGGGACUUGGGCUGCCGCAUCGAGCUCCGAGAGCUGUGGACGGGCCAGAAGGGCAACCUGGCGCCGUGACCCCAGGCUCUGUCUGUGCUGUGACUCCGGGUGAGUCGUGAGACUCAGGAAUGGGGGGGGUUGGGGGGUCCCUAUGUCCUACCACUCUGGCUCCCGGAUUCCUCCCCAACUCAGCAGGAGGUGUUUUCUGAUGGGUGCCAGCUGCAGCCUAGGGGGUGGAAAGGGAGCACUGGUGAGGCAUCUAUACAGCAGAAGGCAGCCCCUGGGACCCAGCCUGCCCUCAUCCUGAGCCUCUCACCAGCUGACAGCAUUGGCAUCAUCCACAUCAUGCCCACCCUACCCCACCCUGUGCGCUUUCCUAUCGGAAAGGCCUCCUCAGCAUUGCUUGGGGGUGAAGAGCUGUCUGAAAUUUGGGAGCCAUACUGGCCAGUCUCAAAGCAGGGCAGGGGUCCCACUUCUGUUCUUCCAAGGCUGCUCUCACCCCUGCUCUUGUUUGUCCCACCUGUAAAAUGGGUCACAGAUGCCUUGUUUUGCUGGACAGAGGGUAGAGACUGGGGCCUGUCAAUCUCUGGGGUUCCACUCUAGC